GGUGACUCGCUUACAUCUGUAGCUCUUCUAAUGUACUCUCAUUGAGCAAGACAUGGAUGACUGUUGAGACUUAUUCCUGGCACAUUUGUCUUUUUUUUUGAAGGUGAUGUACAGCGAUACGGGAAGCAGGAAUUAUGAGAACAUCUGCAUUUGACUGGAGGCUGAAUUUGGACACCAGUUUGAGACGACCUUCACAUCAAUCACAGACCUCAGAAAGACAAAGAGAUGGUGCUGGCAGACUGCCUUCAGAAACACUCUACUCAGGGCAUGACCAUUUGGAUGUGGUGCCCAGGCUUAAAUGUAUAUAGAGAUGGAGACCAUUUUUAAACAACUUGACUAAACAUGCUCUUGAACAUAUGGAAAUGAUUACUUCAUCAUUUUGAAAAUGAUGCUGUUGGACUGACUGCUGUACAAUCACAGGGAACUGUUUAAAGCACUGAAGGAUUAACACUCCACGCAAACGAACUUUCAAGCAAGCAAGACGAUGUUCAUUGUGACAAAACCAAGGGCAAUGUAGCAACUGUAGAUAGCAAUCCUUAUAAUGGAGGCUGCUAAAACCUCAGGUGAAGCGGAACGUUCCAAACAGAUUAUCAGUUUCAAAGAUGACGAAAAACACUUGCCAUCCGAGAUGACCCAAAGAGGCCAAUCCUCUGGCUCAGAGGACAAAAUAAGACUUGCGGAGCAACCCCAGACCCCAGCUGUAAGUCCAUCUCCUGGUAUGGAGUCACAGGUCCUUGCUUCAGGAAAUAUUCUUACCUCAAAACCUAGAGAACAGUGUCACAUCCAGCUCAGGAGGAAGAACGUUCCUCUCCCAAACAAACGCUAUCUUCAAUCGGAAUAUGAGCUGCUGUCAGAGGGCCUUCUCAAAAAGGAGCAAAAGUCAGUGAAGACUGGGAAGUAUGUAUGCCAGUACUGUGGGAGAGCUUGUGCCAAACCCAGCGUACUAAAGAAGCACAUACGUUCUCACACUGGCGAACGACCAUAUCCGUGUAUUCCUUGUGGUUUCUCAUUUAAAACUAAGAGCAACCUGUACAAACACAGAAAAUCUCACACCCAUGCGGUAAAAGCAGGAUUGGUUUCAUUUUCAGAACAAGACAGCAAGCAUAUGGAUGAGGAGCUGGCGGUGGCAGAAGGUGAGAUGCAUUCGGAUGCUGAGCAGAGCAGUGACACCGAUGAAGAAGUUGUGGAAGACUUGUCCUUGGAUACAACAAGCCAUAUCAAAGAAACAGAGGGUUUUGUGCAAGAAAAAGGGAGUAUGUUGGCAAAAAAGGAAGCCACUUUAUCUUCACUCAAAAAGCAAACGGGGUCAUCAGGGAAAGUAUCUUUAUGGCAAUUCCGGGAAAUGACGGCACCUGCUGCUAUUGCUCAGGUGGACCAAAUGGUUGAGUUCUCCACCAUCAAGCAAAGACUGGCACUUCGGCUUUCGGAGAAGAAAAGUCAAGACUCUGAUCAGUCUCUUUCUCUGCCCAGUUCAUACAGUAAAGGCAGCACUGAUUCCGGAUACUUCUCACGUUCUGAGAGUGCCGAGCAACAGUUCAGUCAGUCGAGUGCAAGUGCCAAAUCGUAUCAAGAAAUUAUGUUUGGGAAAUGUUAUAGGCCAACAACCAGGCCAAAGCAAUCAAUCACUGUACAGACCUGCAUGACGGACAUAAAUGAAGCCACAUCUAGCUUCAUGAUUACACUGAACAAAGGCAUAAUGCCUGGUGAUACUGACUCCUCCAUUCACAGAAGCAAAAAAGACCUAAUCCGAUCAAUAAAAAUUGAUUCGGAGUCCUUCCAAGAGGAAGAUUAUCAAGAACGUCAAAUCCCUAGCUCUGACCUUCUGGAGACGGCUUCAGAGAGUAGUGUAUUCUUGCGCAGCAAUUCUCUUCCAACCUCAUCUAAUUCGAAUUUGAAUGCACCUCAAGGGCUAAGAAGCAGUAACUCAUUUGAUGAGAGAAUGACGGGUGCUGAUGUCACCUACCGGGGCGCAAUGGGUAUGAGGAGACUCAUGCGGCAAGCUGCGUUUGAGCACUCCGCUAACGAAGGACAUGCUGAAUCAGACUGCUACGCUCAUCUGGCUUGUAGUCUAAAAUCAGACUUGAAAAUUCACAGUGUAGAUGAUUCCAAAUUGAGUGCCGAAAACUAUCAAGAUAUUGAGUCGUGUUCCGUCUUUCCAAGCCAUUUAUCAGAAACUUCCACAAGGAAACGAAGAAAAGACAAAAAUAUCUUGGAGGAAGAUGACUUUCAUGUGCAAGACAAGCCUUCUGGACACUCCGAGGACACUGAGACAAAGCCAAUUACUUUAGAUGCUGCCUUUUGUGACACUGAGAGAAGGGCUGGUAGCAAUGUUAUCUCUGUCAUUCAGCACACAAAUUCAUUAAACCGUCUGAACUCUUCAGAGAAGUCGAGUGAUGUUAGAUCACAUCCCUUAGACAAAAUUGGCAGAUUCAUGGAGCAUAGCAUGGAGGGUCAAAGACUGGAGGGAGCAGACUGGCAAUGGGGAUGCAGUGGUUUUCUACACCAGAAACUUCACAUGACUAAGCAGCCAACACCUCAGCCUAGUAUCCAAGUUCCAGAGAUUAGAGUAACCGUGGAGCCUGACAGGCCAGAAAAAGUUCUGGAAGCAGGGGUCAAGCAAAGGGAAAAGCACACUGAAGAGUUCCAAUGGCCACAGAGGAGCGAGACCCUAUCACAGUUUCCAAUGGAAAAGCUGCCGCCCAAAAAGAAACGCUUGAGAUUAGCAGAGAUGGAAUGUUCCUCUGGAGAAUCGAGUUUUGAAUCCGCUUGCACAAGUCUCUCCAGAAGCCCGAGUCAAGAUAGCAAUUUGUCUCACAGCUCAAGCUUUUCCCAGUCCCUCGACAGAGACGAGACUAUUAACCCUGUGUCUCAAACCAACCCAGAUGAGUUUAAUAAGCCGUUGGAGUUCUUAUCUGUACCACGAAGUCAUCACCGAGAGAUGAGACGUUCUGCUUCAGAGCAGGCACCUUAUAACUUCCCCUCAGAAGUUCCAGAAUUUCGAAGCAAGUCUUUCGAUUAUGGUAGUCUUUCCCCUUCACCUACAUCUAGGCAAGAGGAGGUUAAAGAGCGUAGAAGGGCCUUCUUGGUUAGGCAGGCAUCACUAAGUGGUGAACCUGAGAUGCAAGGCGGCACAGUCUCAGAUGAAAUUAGCAAGAGAACGAGCUCACCAAGCAAACCGUUUACAUCCGAGGGAUCCAUUGAGAAAAUGAGGUACUACCAACAUAAACAACAUAGCCAAGGGCAAGCCUCAUCUCAGUAUGCUAAACCCAACAUCUGCAAUGUUUAUGACAUGGAUAGCGUAAUGCUUUUUAUAAAGAAGGAACCUGAAGAAUCCAAGGUAGCUGAGUCUUAUAUUAGCUUAAGAAAACCCCAAGAAGACUGUUCCCAGGGUUUAGGCAAUGUUUUGUCAACGAUAGCAGUGCUUUCACAAGCUCAGCAAGCAUUAGCCAGUCAAAGUACGUCUGGUUUGCUAGUUCCUGUUAGAAUUCAGAUGCAAGUACCAUCUUACGGGAACGUAACGUACACUAGUAUAUCUCACAUUCUGGAUUCUCAAACACAGAAUCCUAUCUCAUACACAGAACACAAAUCAUCCUCCUGUCAAAGUCUUGCCAUAGUCAUGCCACAAAGUAACAUAGGUUGUGAACCAUCUCCAGUGUCAGGGCACCCUAGGCGACUACUCCGCAGCCCACAGGCAUCACCAGCAAAGCUAAACACAGGCAUACCUCUAUCAUUAACAUCCAAAACCAUCUCAACUACAGAAGCCCCCAGUGGUGGAGCAAACAAGCGCAUGCUCUCACCUGCAAGUAGCAUUGAACUUUUCAUCGAAGCAAAGCAACAAAAGCGAGUCAAAGAUGAGAACAUUUAUGGCCAGAUUGUUGAAGAGCUUAGUGCUGUGGAGUUAGGAAAUCUUGAAGGUGAAAAAGAAAGUCCCAAGAAAGCUUUCAAAUCAGGAAGCCCAUGCGAGCCCACUGAGGAGGUAGAUAUGGAUGAGCUCAGCCGAGACUUUUACAGCAAUCCAGAGUUACAACCUUCAGUCAGAAUUCCUCAAGAUGCUGCUAUGAUGGAGCAAAAACCAACACCUGAACACAUGAUGGCUAGCAAUCGUCCUGGUUCUGGUAUAGGUGCAGUGCCCUCGGCAAUCACUGGUGCUUUACUGUUCUCCAAGUUUCCAGGUCUUCACACUACUACUUGUGUGAGCUGGUGCUAUCUCAACUCCACUAAGCCAAAUAGCACCCAAACAGCUGUAAAUUUCUCAGAGUAUGCCUCGUGGUUUGUGAGAUGUCAUAACCCUAACCCACCCGAUCUUAGCACUGGGAUGGUUCUUGCUCUUCUCCGAUCCAAACAGAGGAGGCAGAAUGCUGUUUAUUCAAUCGCUAGCAUGUAUCAACCUGGACUACUAGUGACCUCGACCCCUUGGAGACCGAAGCAAGAACAAGUAACACUGGACUACAGAGAGGAAGAUACAAAACAGGACGUGAGGCUAAGAGACAUUAGCCAAAGGUGCAAAUCUUUACGAGAGGAUGUUGCGUCCACCAUACGGCAAGCAGAACCAGUCCGUGUGAAGAUUUUUGAAGGAGGGUAUAAGUCCAAUGAGGAUUAUGUGUAUGUGAGGGGUCGUGGUCGGGGAAAGUAUAUAUGUGAAGAGUGUGGUAUUCGUUGUAAGAAACCAAGCAUGCUCAAGAAACACAUACGAACUCACACAGAUGUGAGACCCUACAUCUGCAAGUGCUGCAACUUUGCCUUCAAAACUAAAGGGAAUCUCACCAAGCAUAUGAAGUCAAAAGCUCACAUGAAAAAAUGCCUUGAACUUGGAGUCUCACCUACAGCCAUGGACAAUACAGAGGAUGCUGAUGACACGCAGAAGUCCUUAGGCAUCAUGCCAGUGGAAACAACCAUUAAACAUCAGUUCUCAGAUGCAGAAGAUUCCGAUGGCGUUGACGAGGAUGAACCAGAUGAUGAUGAAGAUGAUGAAUGUGAUGGUGAUUCUACACCAAGAACGCUGUCCAGAAGCACAAGUCCUCAGUCCUAUGCACUCUACAAGCCAUGUCUGUCUGGCUGUCUCCCUAAACACUUUGACCCAAGCCGCAAUCGACCGAAGGAACAGCUUGGAGUUUCUUCUCUGAGUAUUGAUGAUGAUCUGACUUUUGAACAGUCAAGCAGUUCCUCUGAGCCUUGCCCACCUCAGCUGCUGUCGCCUUGUUGGGAUUCACCUCGCCAGAGGUACAUGUCCCCGAGGGGAGAUCUUUCACCACGUUGUCACCUGUUGUCAAGCCGUGAUUCAUCUCCUUUAAGGGGCGUUUCCCCAAGAAGAGAUCUGAGCAUCAGAGGGGAUUUUUCACCCAUCCGGCAGCUGUCACCCGUAAGACCUACAGGUUCGGACCCGUCGGGGCAACGAGCGCAGUCACCACUGGGUCGACAGAAAGGCGUGCUCAGGGCCGUGUCCCCACGGAGGGGGUCUUAUCAGCACAGGACCCUCAUGGAUCCUGGAAGGAGUGUGAGAUUUCAAGCUUCUCCCCUUCGACCAAUCAUCGGAGUGCGCUCAGACACAGGAAUGGAUCAAGGGGAUACUCCUCAGAAUCUGUAUGUUCCUGUCGGCCUAUGCAGCAGUCAAGAUCUGUCCACAUCCUUGCAGCCAGACAUCUUCAGCCAUUUGCCUUUGCACUCUCAAGGACAGGUGCCAACGCCUGUCCCGAUGAUCCCUAUUGGGGGGUUACGGAUGCCCACAAUGUCGACAUCUGGUGCUGCUGGGGAGAGAAAUUCGCUCCCGUCAAAUCCACAGGGGAACACAUUAGAAACGGCCAGUUCUGGCCGGACCUCAGCCCCUGUCCUAGAUCCUGGAAUGGCCUACAGUGGAGGAAUAGCAACCUCUUCCACCGGCCUUCCUAGCAAAGACGAUAAGAAGGAGGAGAGCGUCUACAUCUGUGCAAAAGCUAUCGCAUCUCUCAGAAUCACAUCUGAAGAUGCCGCUGACAAACCGCCUAAAAGCUGACUUUGUAAGCACUAUAUAAUCGCUAUAAAAUUCAAGCUCAAACCAGAAACAUAUUUUAUGCAAGUAUUCUAUGGUUGCGUUUAACAUGCAUUACGUGGGUUCUUGUGUUGCACUGGCGGUAGCAGACUUCUGUACUCAAGGGGGCGAUAGAGUACCUUUAAAUUUCUGUGCCAUUAACCCGGAUGUGUUAUUAUUCAGGUAGCUGCUGUAAACAUGCCAAGUUUAACAAACUUUAACUAACUUGCUCAGUAGUUGACCCAUAGCGCCCCCUUGCAGUCUGACACAUUUCGGAAGGCAAAGAUGCACAAAAUCAAACUCGCUUAGUGUUUUUUUUGCCCUUAGAGGCAGAAACGUAAUACGCAGAAUAUGCACAACAUCUUGCAUUUAUGUUCAAUGCACAUGCCAUAUUCUCCUGCCAUAUCAAUUACAACUAUAAACAUGUACAAGCUGCAUAUUUGCAACAAUACAUGCAAAAAAAUUCUAUUAGUAAUUCAUGAUAACUCUAGUUCUGAGUUUCACAGGACUGGAAGUGCAUCAUUACGUCCCAAUCGUCUUUGACUUUUGCUUGUGCCUUUUAAGAAGAUGUUUGCAUAUCCCUCGAAGAGAGAAAGUCAUUCGAUGUACCCUGUUUAUGCACUUAACAAUAGUGGUGGUCAUUAAGUUGAACUAAUAUGAGGUACCGUGGUUGCUUUUUGAGAUUGCAUUUACUACAUACGUUAAAGUUUGCAUUAAGCUGUGCUCUGACAUUGCCUUGUAUGCUGUUGUAUAUCUUUGCUGGCACCUUUAUAUCUUAACUGCAUUAUGUGCGUUCGAGAUUACGAACCCAAAAGUGUUGAUUCUUUAAACAGUUUAAACCUUCUCCACCGUAUAGUAUUUUUCUAAAUGUAUCAUACCUCGUUUCCUUAUUUAAUCUGUAGAUUUUUCUGCACUUAAGCAACGAAAUGUCAUUACAAGGCAUUUUUAAUAUAGCCUAGAUCUGCAUAUGACAUCGUAUUAUUAUAUAAAAAGCGGUAAGUAUCGUGCAUUAAGAUGACUAUUCGAAGCACUUUCUAGCGAGCUGAUAGACUGAAUGCCGUGUCAUCGAUAUUGAAGCUCUUUUAAAUGAUUUUUCAUUGAAUUAAUCAUAUGGCACAACAUUCCAGUCACUGUUAAGUCAAUUAUAUGUGCACAUUUAUGUGUACGUGCUCAUACAUGCAUAUACGCACGUACAUAUUUACACAAACACACACACACAAACAUAAUCGCUAUCAUGUACUGUAAUUACUUUUGAAGAGUGGCUUGUGUUGAAGUAAACAAAAAUGAAUUGUAUAUUUGAAGGGAUAGUUGCUUUUUCAGGUUUUUCUCGCCAUCAGAUGAAGGGGUCUUGUCUGGUGAACUUGUCUGACUGUUUGAAUGUAUGAAUUUUUAGCCUAAGUCAUUUUAAAUGUCUUUAAAGAAGGUAUAAGUGCUAUCUCAUAUUAAACAUACGGAUAUCAUAUGAAGUAGCGAGCAGUUUAUGGUAUUUAUAUUAAUAGUCUGAGUAUUUAAAAAUGCUGAGAUGGUGAUGUUAAACGAAGUUUAUACUGAAGGAACUUUCAUGUCAUGUUUACAGUAUUACAUAUUAAAGAUUUUGAGGUAUCUAGGUUGAAUUUAUGGCAUUUUAGAAAUUACAACUGUUAUUUAUCUUACGGACUGGUACGUGGUCAUCAUUUAAAGAAGUUCAUGAAUAUUUCUUUUGUUUUGCCCAUAAAGGCAGCUGAUUUCUUCUUAUUUAAUUGUUUGUUUUUGUUUUACUCUGAUUACAAGAUGUCCUUUAGAAAAAAAAAAAACUGAAAUUAAAGUUCUAUUAUAAAAACUUGUUGACAGUGUUCUUACCUC